CUAGAAAACAUUCUUAGCCUACGUAGGGGGAAGCAUAGGACACUAAGGCACGGUGAAUCGAGAAGGGAUCAAGCCCAGAAGGCUUCAUUAACUCUCUCCUCUCUCCUCUUCCGCUCCUAUCUCCUUGCUAUCGCUCGUUUGUUUAACUUUGUUCUUUGCUAA